CUGCGACGAGGUUAACGGGUCGGACCUUUUCUUCGCGGUUUUGGGUGGGCUCGGGCAGUUUGGGGUUAUCACGAGGGCGAGGAUCCCGUUGGCGCCCGCGCCUGAGAUGGUGAAGUGGAUAAGAGUAGUGUACACUCGAUUCUCGGACUACAAACAAGACGCGGAGUUUCUCGUAACCCGACCCGAACCCGAAUCUUUCAACUACAUCGAAGGCUUCGUGUUCGUCAACUCCGAGGACCCCGUUAACGGUUACGGAUCCGUUCCUCUCUCACCCGAAUGCGGAUUCGACUCGACAAGGGUCCCCCUUGACUCUGGUCCGGUCCUCUACUGUCUCGAGGUCGCGCUCCACCAUCAACAAGGCGACAACGUGGAUAAGAAAGCGGCCGAGAUGUUGCGCGCGUUAAGGUACGUGCGCGGGUUGGAGUUCAGCGCGGAAGUGGGUUACGUAGAGUUCCUCACACGCGUGAAGAGGGCCGAGACCGAGGCACGUGCGAAUGGGAGCUGGAAUGCUCCCCAUCCCUGGCUCAAUCUCCUUGUUUCAUCGUCAGAUAUUGCUGAUUUUGAUCGAAAUGUUUUUCAAAAUAUUUUGAAGGAUGGAAUUGGCGGGCCCAUGUUAGUGUACCCUCUAGUUAGGAGCAAGUGGGACCCACGGAUGGCGACCCCGGAUGCGCAGAUAUUCUACCUUGUAGCGCUCCUGCGGUUCAGCAGACGCUUCCCGGACGGGCCGCCGUGUCGCAGGAUCAUCAAUCAGAACCGUUCAAAUACAUCGGCGUGCUUGCGAGACAACGGCUACGAUUUACAAGAUUGUACCUUCCGCACUACAUUCGUCGACCGUAAGCGACGGUACGAUCCAACGGCCAUCCUCGCGCCAGGUCAGCAGAUCUUCAGGAAGAGGGAGAGCUAAAAAAAAUGAAAAAGGUGAUGCGUACUUGAUUGGCGAUUAUUGGUUCGAACGAAGGAAGGGUGGUUGUAGUGGGGGGUGGGGCCCGGGGGGUACUUUUGUAAAAACUGUUUUGGCUUUUGGUCGCCAAUUUGUAAUUCUUUUUUUGUUGUUUUUUUUAUUUUAGAAAUUUAUAUGGUAUUUUGUUUC